ACGUUACGAUUAUCUACAUCUUAUAAUGUCUAACAAAUAAGUAAUGAUUAAGUUAUUUUAUCAACAAAAUGUUUAAUUUACACCGUGUUUUCAGCUCUACAAGUUCUUUGUGCCGCCAGCUGUCCGGUUCUCUGCUCGCAAACGGGAGCUCGCGAUGGCCACAAAGUGCAUUACAGCGAACACUGUGCAGCGGUGUUGUCAGACUGCAGGAGGUCGCCACAUCUACCACUGAAUCGAAAACAAUAUCUAAUAAAUUCAGCCACACCCCUCCUCUGCCGGGUGAGGACAGUCCACUGAGAUGGGGUGGGAAGAAGUUUGAAGAAUUACCUAUAGUUCAUAUCAAGGCCACAUAUAACAACACACAUAUUCAGCUGACAGACAGUGCAGGAGCAUCUCUUGUCAGGACAUCCUGUGGGACAGAAGGAUUCAAAAAUAUUAAGAAAUCUACACCUGUUGCAGCUCAAACUGCAGCAAUCUCUGCUGCAGCAAAAGCAACAGCAAAGGGAGUCGCACAUGUUCGUGUUGUGGUGAAGGGAAUUGGUCCGGGGCGUCAAUCUGCAAUUAAAGGCUUAACCAUGGGAGGUCUGGAGGUGGUGUCCAUCACUGACAACACGCCUGUGCCACAUAAUGGAUGCCGCCCACGCAAAGCUCGGAGAACUUGAGGUCUAGUGGACCAAAUGUAUGAUGCUUGCUGUCCAUGUUGUAUAAUAA